UACACGUAUCACACCUUGGACAUUGAACAAACUGGGUUUACAAUCUGAUCAAAAGUGCAAUAACAGAUCAACGAACCUGGGCUGUAGAUAAUAACAGAGCAGACCUCUAAAUCACCUUAUCCGACCCAUUGUUCUAUCAGCUCUAACCUCAAAAACCUUCGUGUGGGAAAGUAUUUAAACACCAUAACGCAUCAUCAACACUGCUUGGGACUUAGUUGCGUGUUGGCCCAGCGACAUCUUGCAAUCUCAAGAAAUAGAAUCUACAAGGCAUGUCAAGGAAACAACGUCAACAUUCCACUGUCUUAUUUUGACCCUUUUUGCUGUCGCAAAGCAAUCAAUCAUGAAGAGCGCAACCUCCGGCUCAAAAAGAUUGCCUUCGAGCACAACGUUCUUUACAUUGCGGACUGUUGCAUCCUUUAUCCUACUGGCAUGGGUCCUCGUCAUUGCUUACUACAUGAACUCCCCUACACCGAAUGGUAUCGUCAACCCCUGGCAAUACAAAUGUUUUGACGGUGCAAAACGUUUGGUCACCGACAUGGCCUCCGUGAUCUCCCUCUUCACGUCCUCGCAUUAUAUCAUCCCGUUUCGCUCACUCAUCGAGAACGCUUUGCCAAAAUGUCAACGAGAAGUACCAGGGUCCAACAUCCGGUCAUCGGUCACGACCUUUGGUGGGGUCAAAGUUCGUCUCUACGAGCCAAUCGAGAAGCAGCCUGGACUGGGACCGGCGCUGGUGUUUAUACACGGUGGUGCAUUCGUUUUGGGAAGUGCCGAUAUGUUUGAUAUGAUGACGAGGCGGUUUGCAGAAGAGCUGGACAGCGUGGUUGUGUCCAUAGAUUACAGGUUGGCCCCGGAGCAUCCAUUCCCAGCUGCAUUCGAAGAUUGCAUAACUGCCUCCAGAUGGUUCAUGGACCACGCCGAAGACUUCAACGUGGACCGUUCGCGAAUCGGCAUCGCAGGGGACAGUGCCGGUGGUACACUCACCGCAUCGGUGUCUCAAAUCUUACACGACGACGGGCGCUAUCCAGACUUCGCCUUCCAGGCGCUGAUCUACCCACUCACCCAGUUCAUUGAUAACCAUACGCCAGGUUCAAUGUUGUCCAAGUCACUGUUUGGAAUGGAUGGUUCUAUAGUCACGUGGCAAGAGGCAGGCGAAUUCACUUGUCUUUAUUUCUUAGGAAGAUCAGAGCAGCGCGUUGUGGACGCCCUCAUCGACAACACGCACACAUCAGUAACUUUUAAGCGCGAGUCUCCUUUGGCGCAGUACGUCAAUCACACCUUACUUCCUCUGGGAAUGCAAGAUUACGGUAGUUAUAAAGCGCCGAAUGUUGAUGAGCAGAGGGGUGAUGAUGCAGUAUGGGAGCAGCUGCAAGAGUUAAUUCUAGACCAGCGAGCCAGUCCACUUCUGAGAACGGACAUGAAAGGGCUGCCGCCAACUUUUUUAGCAACUUGUGAGUUUGAUCCAAUUCGAGACCAUGGGGCGUUCUAUGCACUCAGGCUACGGGAAGCUGGCGUUCCCGUUAGAUGGGAACAUUAUAUUGGAGGUUUCCAUGGUGUUCUCGGACCAACAUGGCCACUUGUAUUCGAGGUUGGGGAGAAAAUUUUCCAAGAUUUGAUAGUCUUCUUUAAAGAGCAUCUCAAGAUCACAGAAAAGUGAUGCAUAAAAAAGGACAAAGUAAUUUUGUUUUUAUCAAUCAUACAAAUUUAAAUGUUUUAUUUACACUGUUCAUAAAG